AUGGAACCAGGAACUUGUAACCUGAAGGCAAGCUAUUCUGGCAAUAUAGACUUCAGCCACUUUCCUUUCCCGAAAGUAAUCGUUCCCAUGGUGUCGUGGGAAGUUUAUGUAAAAUGUGUCGCCAUGGCUAUCAUUAUUUUAACUGCUGUCGUCGGAAACCUGUUUAUCAUCGUCAUCGUGAGCUCGUCAAAGGCGAUGCGGACGACCACCAACAUGUACAUAAUUAACCUGGCAGUGGCGGAUUUAAUUAUAGCCUGCUUCCCGACCUGGAUUUUUUUGGUCAAGGAUGUGAACAAAAUGUGGGCAACUGGGGGGUUUUUCUGCAAAUUUAACGCUUUUAUACAGAUACAAGCAAUGUGUGCUCUGUCUUUUACUAUGGUGGCCAUAGCUGGAGAUCGCUUCUUCGCCGUGAUGUACCCCCUCAAGGCCAGGGUCACCAACAGCAAGGUCAAGUACGUCCUGGUGAUCGUCUGGACGACGGCGAUCGCGGUGGCGGUGCCACUCUUCGUCUACAACAAGUACUCGGAGCGCCAGUGGGCCAACCAUCUGGAGAAGUUCUGCGACUCUGUAUGGCCGAUGUUCGUGUUGCCAAAUGGCAAGUGUGAUUUCGGAGAAACAUCCCAGAUGGCCUACUACAUCGUUGUUCUGGCUGCUCUCAACUGGUUCCCAAUGGCGGCCAUGACAGUCAGCUACGCGAUCAUCAUCUAUCGGCUGCAGUGGGGUCGGGACGCUAGCAGCUUCGGCCAUAAUGCACCUGUAGUUCAGAGACGGUCCACCAAGAAGGUCGUUAAGCUGUUCUUCGUUCUACUCAUUGCCUUUAUUGUGUGUACGGUGCCGUUCCAAGUGACCAGCUUGUACAGCAUGAUCAAGGAUCCAGUUACGGUGCUGCCUGGCUGGUUCCAGUCGGUUUACUAUGCAGCAAUCAGUCUCAUGUACGCGCACAGUUGUGUCAACCCGCUGGUCUACGGCCUCAUGAGCCAGUCGUUUCGCAGUGGCUUCAGACAUCUUCUAACCAG